AUGGAUAAUAACCAUGUCCCUCUGCGAUUUAGAGGACGCGGCGGCCGGCGCACGGUUCUUCCUUCAUAUCCCCAUCACAACAGAGUAGAAACAACCAGCGAAAUCAGCGGGCCAUCUGAUGUAGAAAAGCCAAAUGCACAUGACGACACCAAUCAGCGCAAAGAGUUCUACCCUUGUUUGAAAGAUGUUUCUGAAGUUAGGGAACUACUUUCCCGAUUGUGGUCGACAUCGUCGUCAACGUCAACACCGUCAAAAAGACGAUGUGUCAUGUUGCCGGAUGAGGUGAUUGAUAUCAUUCUAGAUGAGGCGGAGUAUUGGCCGAGCGUGGUGACGACACUCAACACGAUACCAUUUGUAAUUGCUGCAGAUGGAGAUACAGAAUGCUUGAAAACGCCGCCACUAUGUUAUAGUCUCGUCAAAGACGGACUCAAAGAGGACGAUGCGUCUUCGUCGGCGGUCGAACAAAGCGCGCGACAGAUUCUGCUACACAGAGGCAUUCAUCCGUGCCGCAAGAUUGUCUUUGAUAUAUCGUCUCAUGAUCAAGGCUGGGGUGGAGAGAGUGCUCACAGAGGCACAUUUGAGGGAUCCUGGACAUGGUUUGAUGCAUACAUCAGACCUUCAACCAACAAAGACGGUGGCGUAGAUGAAGAUCGCAGAACCUCUGUUACGACUACCACAACCACCACGACUACAUCGAGAUCAACAGAUUCUAGCUCUCCAUCAGGAGGGCCAGUUUCGACCACUCCAAGACCAUUUCUCCCAGAGGCCACCAAAUUACAAUGCAACCGCACGGCAACCAUCAAUUCAACAGAUUACCACAUUGUCUGGCACUACCUCGAUGACGUGGCCGCCGACUCACCAGAAGCAGAGCAAAUCGAACGAGAGACGGGCCGAGGCCUCGCAACUCUUGAUGGAACUGCGGUACGAAACAUGAAAGUCGGCGAUGAGGUCUCUGUAUGGUUACGGGCACGGUUUGCAGGAUGGCGGAAUCAUGUGGAUAAGAUGUCUGUUAGGGUAUUUUGGGCAGCUUGA